AUGAAUAUAUCUAUUAAGUAAAUAGAGGACGACUUAAACGGUAAUGACACAUCUCCCUCAAGACAAUAUGAUUCUUUUAAAUUGAUAAAUAAUCUUUCAAUAAAAACAAAAGAUUCUGUGGAAUAAAAGUUUAAGUUAAUAAAAAGGAGACAAAAUCAUCAUAAAUCAGAGAUACACCGUCCUACUAAGAAUACUUAGGACAAUAAAACACAUGAAACUGAAUAAAGAGGUGGCACCUGCGAAAAAUUAUUAAGUGAGCUCUAAAUCGAUACUUAGAUUAGACAAUAAAUAAAGAAAAAUAUCAAGGUAUCUGAAUAAUGUGUAAGUAAAAACAAUGUUCUAGAAUCGAACUCAUCUUCUUACAGUUCAAAAAUAGGGUCAAAAUAAAAUUGUGUUAAAGGAAUUUUGAAAAAGUAAACUUUGGAGUCGUCAUUUUCAGAUAACAAUUCUAGAAGUAGCAGUGUUGCAAGUGGAAAAAGCGUAAAAUUUAAUUUGGUCUAAGCAAAUGUUCGGAUGGCCUUAAAUUAAUGGAAAUGA